AAUUUUCUUAAAUAUGGCACAUCUAGCCAACUUUUUCUUUCGCUGGCUUUGCUCUUUAGCAAAACUACUACUACACUGGCUAGCAAUUCAUAGCUCCAAACAAUGGCCUCUAGUAGUUACUUGGUGUUGUUCUUCUUCUUGGUUCUAGCUGGGUUUGGUGCCUGCAUGGCUAGCCAGAUUAGUUUGGGUUCGAGGUUGAUGUCUAAAGAGAACCAGACGGUGGUUUCUGAUAAUGGUACGUUUGCACUUGGGUUCAGUCCAAUGGAUGAAGAUAACAGAUAUCAACUGGCAAUUUGGUUUGCAGAGCUUCCUGGAGACAGAACCAUAGUAUGGUCUGCUAAUAGAAAUUCUGCUGUCACCAACAAUGCAAUCCUGGAGCUAGAGACCACCGGAAACCUUGUUCUCAUGGAUGGUGAUGCUACUAUUUGGACCUCCAACACUUCAGGCACCGGCGUUGAAUUUGCAUCCCUAUUAGAAUCUGGAAACUUCAUCUUAUACAAUGAAGCCAACCGCCCUAUGUGGCAGAGUUUCUCACAUCCAUCUGAUACUCUCCUCCCAAACCAGCCUCUUUCGGUCUCUUUAGAGCUCACAACAGCUAAGUCACCCUCUCAUGGUGGCUAUUAUGCUCUCAAAAUGCUUCAACAGCGCACUUCGUUAAGCCUUGCAUUGACUUAUAAUAUGCCAGAAAGUACUUACAAUACCUCACCAGAAUCUUACUAUAACAACUCUUACUGGACUGGACCGGAGAUAUCAAAUGUGACAGGAGAUGUCAUAGCGGUUUUGGAUGAAGCAGGAAGCUUUGGAAUUGUGUACGGUGAGUCUUCAGAUGGAGCUGUAUAUGUGUACAAGAAUGAUGGUGAUGAUGGAGGACUAUCAGCAGCCUCAAACAAAUCAAACAGAUUGUCAGUUCUUCGGAGAUUGACACUCGAAACUAAUGGAAAUUUGCGUUUGUAUCGUUGGGAUGAUGAUGUCAAUGGGUCAAGGCAAUGGGUGUCAGAGUGGGCUGCAGUUUCAACACCAUGUGACAUUUCUGGAAUUUGUGGUAAUGGGAUUUGUACUUUAGAUAGGACCAAGGCCAAUGCUUCUUGCUCAUGUCUGCCAGGGACUUAUAAGGUGAAUAGUGGAGGUCAGUGUUCAGAGAACUCAUCAUUGAUUGGAAGAUGUGAUUCGAAGCAGGAUUAUCAACCUUCACAGUUUAGAAUGUCCACGGUGCAGCAAACCAAUUACUAUUUGCCAAAAUUUUCAGUCAUAGCAAAUUAUAGUGACAUUGAAAAUGUAUCAAAAUGUGGAGAUGUUUGCUUAGCUGAUUGUGAAUGUGUUGCUUCAGUUUACGGGCUUGAUGAUGAAAAUGCUUACUGUUGGGUUUUGAGGAGCAUGGAGUUUGGUGGCUUUCAGGACCCUGGCUCAACCUUGUUUGUCAAAAUUAGGUCCAAUGGCUCGGUGGUACCAGAGGGAGAUACAAGAGGAUCCGGGGAUUCAUCAGAUGGGUCUAGUAGUAACAGAGAAAAGGUUUUGGUUAUACCUAUUGUUCUGAGCAUGACUGUUCUUAUAGCCCUCCUAUGUCUCUUACUAUAUUACAAUGUGCAUAAGAGGAGAUCCUUCAAGAGAGCCAUGGAGAAGUCUUUAAUCUUGUCUGGUGCUCCAAUGAAUUUUAGUUACCGUGAUUUACAAGUUCGUACCUGGAAUUUUUCACAGCUUCUUGGAACUGGGGGCUUUGGGAGUGUGUACAAGGGAAGCCUUGCAGAUGGUACUUUGGUUGCAGUUAAAAAACUUGAAAGGGUUUUGCCCCAUGGGGAGAAGGAGUUUAUAACUGAAGUCAACACCAUUGGCUCUAUGCAUCACAUGAACUUGGUUCGGCUAUGUGGCUACUGCUCCGAAGCUUCACAACGGCUUUUGGUUUAUGAAUUCAUGAAAAAUGGGUCAUUGGACAAAUGGAUAUUUCCCUCAAAAUAUUCUGGACAUAGGUUGCUGGACUGGGAAACUCGCUUUAACAUAGCAGUGGGAACUGCACAAGGGAUUGCAUAUUUUCAUGAGCAAUGUCGAGAUCGAGUAAUACACUGUGACAUCAAGCCGGAAAAUAUUCUUAUAGAUGAAAAUUUCUGUCCUAAAGUGUCUGACUUUGGACUAGCUAAGUUGAUGAGAAGAGAGCACUCACAGGUUGUUACCAUGGUCAGAGGAACUAGAGGCUAUUUGGCUCCAGAGUGGGUGAGUAACCGGCCUAUAACUGUCAAGGCUGAUGUUUAUAGCUAUGGCAUGCUUCUCCUAGAGAUCGUUGGUGGUCGAAGAAACCUUGACAUGUCUUUUGAUGUUGAUGACUUCUUCUAUCCUGGAUGGGCUUUUAAGGAGAUGACAAGUGGAGAGCCACUGAAAGUUGCAGAUAGGAGACUAGAAGGAGCAGUGGAAGAAGAAGAACUCAUAAGAGCCUUGCAAACCGCAUUUUGGUGCAUACAAGAUGAGGUUUUCAUGAGACCUACAAUGGGGGAAGUGGUGAGGAUGCUGGAAGGAUCGGUCGAAAUCAACAUGCCACCAAUGCCCCAGACAGUUUUGGAGUUAAUUGAUGAAGGCUUAGAUCAUGUGUACAGAGCCAUGAGGAGAGAGUUCAACAACCACUUCAGCUCAUUCACCAUCAACACCCACCAUUCAUCUCAAGCUACAUGCAGUUAUUCCACAAUGUCCCCUAGAUAGUCAAAACAGAUGUACAUCUU